AUGACUGUCAGCGUCAGUGCACACAACCUCUGCCUCACCUCUAACGAGACCCCUCCAACCCCAACUUCUAUAACCUCCAAACUUAGUAUCGGUAGCAGCACGGCAGGAGUAGAACAGAACGGUGGUGGUGGUGGCAGCCGCUGGCGAUUCCGCGAGCUCUUCCAUGGUGCCUUCUUAUCCACCUCGCCGAAGAGCCACGAGCCCGUUUUCAGCCCCCCCGCCAGGGAGGAGUUCAGAGUUGGGGAGUCCGAGACCCAAAGGGAGAGUCUCUUCUUUCCCAAUGUUUCCAAUGCCGAGGACGAUGGUGGUAAUAGUGGCGGUGAGGAUACACCACCCGGUAAAAAGACGUCGCAUCGAUAUUCAGAACUGAGCACCUGCGUUGAAAGCCUAAAGCCCAUCUUUGAGGUCGAGGGCAGCCUGGAUUCGCUGAAUUCGCCGACACCACCAACACAUAGCCCCACGGAAAACUGGCUGCCACCUCGGAUCCCAGUCCCUGGUCGAGGUCCAGGUGGCAGGAAGGCAAUCCUCAGCGAGGGAUCGGAGGAGUCUAUCGAUGAGGCCCACUCACUCUCUUCCAACGAAACACCCGGUAGUCCAAACACCAAUUCUGAACACGAUGGAAACAGUGACCUCUGCCCUGAACAGUUGAUGCUCAGGGGCACAGUGAACUCACUGGAAGGUCAGGCGGUCUUGCGAUUCUACGAGUGUGUCAGCGUCCACGAGAUUGACAGUGAUUUUCCUCGGGCCGCUGAGAGGACAUGGAUGACGCUAACACCGCUGGAUAAGGUAAGUGCACCGACUAGGCAUAUUUGCUUUAUACUCAAGCGUCUUUUAUGCCGAAGGCGCCUGGAGGACUUUAUCUAG